CUGGGUGCUGUCUGGCAGAAACUACUGAGUACUGGAAAAUUGAAGAUGUACAGCUGCAUCUUUGAAUCCAUCUGCAGACUGCUGCUUGGACAGUGUUCUCUUAAAACGAACCCUAAGGACUCUGCAAUAUGAAUAAUUCUCUGGAGAAUACCAUCUCCUUUGAAGAGUAUAUCCGAGUCAAGGCAAGGUCUGUCCCACAACACAGGAUGAAGGAGUUUCUGGACUCGCUGGCCUCCAAAGGGCCAGAAGCCCUUCAGGAGUUCCAACAGACAGCUACCACGACCAUGGUGUACCAGCAGGGUGGGAGCUGCAUUUACACAGACAGCACCGAAGUGGCUGGGUCUUUGCUUGAGCUAGCUUGUCCAGUCACGACCAGUGUCCAGCCACAGACUCAGCAAGAACAGCAGAUCCAGGUUCAGCAGCCACAGCAGGUUCAGGUACAGGUGCAGGUACAGCAGUCUCCGCAGCAGGUCUCGGCUCAGCAGCUCUCGCCACAGCUCUCCGUUCACCAGCCUGCUGAACAGCCCAUCCAGGUCCAGGUGCAGAUCCAGGGCCAGGCACCGCAGCCAGCAGCUCCCUCCAUCCAGACCCCGUCUCUGCAGAGCCCCAGCCCCUCACAACUGCAGGCUGCCCAGUUCCAGGUGCAGCACGUCCAGGCAGCCCAGCAGAUCCAGGCUGCAGAGAUCCCGGAAGAGCACAUCCCACAUCAACAAAUUCAAGCUCAGCUGGUAGCUGGACAGUCUCUUGCUGGGGGCCAGCAGAUCCAAAUUCAGACCGUGGGUGCCCUUUCCCCACCACCAUCUCAGCAAGGCUCACCUCGGGAAGGGGAGCGGCGGGUAGGCACAGCCAGUGUUCUGCAGCCAGUGAAGAAACGCAAAGUGGAUAUGCCCAUCACUGUGUCCUAUGCCAUCUCAGGGCAGCCGGUGGCCACUGUGCUGGCCAUUCCACAAGGCCAGCAGCAGAGUUAUGUGUCUUUGAGGCCAGACUUGCUGACAGUAGACAGUGCCCAUCUGUACAGUGCCACUGGGACCAUUACUAGCCCCACAGGAGAAACCUGGACCAUCCCUGUUUACUCUGCCCAGCCCCGGGGGGACCCUCAGCAGCAGAGUAUUACUCACAUUGCCAUUCCCCAGGAAGCCUACAACGCAGUGCAUGUCAGUGGCUCGCCCACGGCCCUGGCAGCUGUCAAGCUGGAGGAUGACAAGGAGAAGAUGGUGGGCACCACAUCUGUAGUGAAAAACUCUCAUGAGGAGGUAGUGCAGACCCUCGCAAACUCUCUUUUUCCAGCACAGUUUAUGAAUGGCAACAUCCACAUUCCAGUGGCUGUGCAGGCCGUGGCAGGCACGUACCAGAAUACAGCCCAGACGGUGCACAUAUGGGACCCCCAGCAGCAGCCGCCGCAGCAAGCUCCCCAGGAACAGACACCACCUCCACAGCAGCAGCAGCUACAGGUUACUUGUUCAGCGCAAACUGUCCAGGUUGCUGAAGUUGAACCACAGUCACAGCCACAGCCUUCCCCAGAGCUUCUGCUUCCCAAUUCUCUGAAGCCAGAAGAAGGGCUUGAAGUAUGGAAAAACUGGGCCCAAACCAAGAACGCUGAGCUAGAGAAGGAUGCUCAGAACAGACUGGCACCCAUUGGGAGGCGCCAACUGCUGCGAUUCCAGGAAGAUCUCAUCUCCUCUGCUGUGGCUGAGUUGAAUUAUGGGCUCUGUUUAAUGACACGAGAAGCUCGAAAUGGAGAAGGUGAACCCUAUGACCCAGAUGUGCUUUACUACAUUUUCCUGUGUAUUCAAAAGUAUCUUUUUGAAAAUGGUCGAGUGGAUGACAUUUUCUCCGAUCUGUACUAUGUUCGGUUCACGGAGUGGCUGCAUGAAGUUCUGAAGGAUGUUCAGCCCCGGGUCACGCCACUUGGCUAUGUCCUGCCCAGCCAUGUGACUGAGGAGAUGCUAUGGGAGUGCAAACAGCUGGGGGCUCACUCCCCCUCCACCCUGUUGACCACCCUCAUGUUCUUUAACACCAAGUACUUCCUGUUGAAGACAGUGGACCAGCACAUGAAGCUGGCCUUCUCCAAGGUCUUGCGACAGACAAAGAAGAACCCCUCAAAUCCCAAGGAUAAAAGCACGAGUAUCCGGUACCUGAAAGCGCUUGGGAUACAUCAGACCGGUCAGAAAGUUACAGAUGACAUGUAUGCAGAACAGACGGAAAAUCCAGAGAAUCCACUGAGGUGUCCCAUCAAGCUCUACGAUUUCUACCUCUUCAAAUGCCCCCAGAGUGUGAAAGGCCGGAAUGACACCUUUUACCUGACUCCUGAACCGGUAGUGGCCCCCAACAGCCCGAUCUGGUACUCAGUCCAGCCUAUCAGCAGAGAGCAGAUGGGACAGAUGCUGACCCGAAUCCUGGUGAUCCGAGAAAUUCAGGAGGCCAUUGCUGUGGCUAAUGCAAGUACCAUGCACUGAGCUGCCUCUACCAGAAUGCAGGGAAGACCAGCCAGGAAGAACUGGACAGACUUUCACACUAAAGAAGAGGCCUCCGUUUUUCUUUUUCCUUUUUUUAUUGGUGUAGUUACCAAACCUUCCGGGCUGCUCCUGUUCAAAAUGUAAAAGGAAACCGUGCUCCUUCUGUAUCUUCAUAAACUGGCAGUGGCGGCAGCCUCAUCAGCCUGUGGGGGUGCCCGGUGUCCUGGGAAGUUGCUGGCUGACUUUUCCUGCCUUUGCCUGGGGCCUGAGAAAAGGACCUGAACCUUUUGGAGAAAUGUGGCCCCUUCCCUUCCUCCAGAAAGAUGGAAUAAAGAAUGGACCGACCCUUCAGGAAAUCCCCCCAGUCCCAGUGAACUGGCCCACCUCACUGACCACAGACUGCCGGCGUGUUUUCUUUCUCCAUACUCGGGACAUAAACUUAGCAUCUUAUUGGAAGGAAAAUGAGAACUUCAAUUAUGAUUUAUUAAAGACAAUUUCUAUUGCACCCCCUUUAAGACAAGUGACAUUUUAGAUGUUAAAGUAAAAACUACCAUGCCUUUUUUUUUUUUUGGCCUAACAUUGAGGCCUUAAACCUGAGGCUCCUGUGCCUGAUGGAAUUCUUGUAACAUACACUUGUGUAUCAUAUAAAGAUACCACUCUGUUUCUCUUAUGUAUUCUUACUCUAGUUGUUUAUUAAGAAUGACAAGCACGUCUUUUCAAUA